AUGUGCAAGAUCCUCGACAAGAUAUCCCCAGAAACUGCACCGCACAAACCGUACAUUGCUUUCCGAUACGCGGCCCCAUUGACAGAAACUACCUAUACUCAGAUGAUCCAAGAUGGAUUUGGUGGAGGCAAAGGAGGUCGGGCAGUGGCGUUUACACAAUACCCACAGUAUUCUUGCUCCACAACGGGCAGCUCAUUGAAUGAACUAUGGAAGUGGCGUAACCGAUUGGAGGGCAAGCGCGCGACUGGGCGAGGCGAGACAGAGGGAGCAAUCCAAUGGAGUGUCAUUGACCGAUGGCCUACGCAUUCAGGCUUAAUAGAGGCAUUCGCUCAGAAUAUUGAAAAACAACUUGCGACAUACCCUGAAAUAAGGAGAAAUGACAUCGUUCUCCUAUUCUCUGCUCAUAGCUUACCUAUGAGCGUUGUCAAUCGAGGAGAUCCAUACGCAGCAGAAGUCGCUGCAACCGUCCAUGCAGUCAUGCGACGACUCAACUUCUCGAACCCCUAUCGCCUCUGCUGGCAAUCCCAAGUCGGCCCUUCAGCCUGGCUAGGGGCCCAAACCAGCGAUACAGUUCGAAACUACGUGGAGAAAGGACAUACAGACCUUCUCCUAGUCCCUAUCGCCUUUACCAGCGACCAUAUCGAAACCCUUUUCGAACUAGAUCAGGAAGUCAUUCAUGAGGCCAACAGCCCCGGCGUCAAACGAGUUGAGAGCCUGAAUGGGAGCAUGGUUUUCAUCCAGGGGCUUGCGGACAUUGCUGCUGCACAUCUGCGCAGUGGACAAACUUGCUCCCGCCAGAUGACGCUACGGUGCCAGGGCUGUACCAGUGAAAGGUGUCUGGAGCAGAAGAAAUUUUUUGCCGGACCUGACUUGGCGGCUCUUGUACGAUAG